AUGACUACCAACGCCUCGUCCGGGGCGACCUUUGUCGGUGCCAUUGACCAGGGCACCACCAGCUCGCGCUUUCUCAUCUUCAGCCCCGAUGGCACUGUCGUGGCCCUGCACCAGAUGGAGUUCUCGCAAAAGUAUCCGCAACCGGGCUGGCACGAGCACGACCCUGAGGAGCUGAUCAGCUCCGUCGAGAAGUGCAUUGACGGCGCCGUCGAGCAGUUUGAGAAGCAGGGCCACACGCGCAACCAGAUCAAGGCCGUGGGCAUCACCAACCAGCGUGAAACCACCGUUGUCUGGGACACCACCACGGGCAAGGCGCUGCACAAUGCCAUUGUCUGGACGGACACGCGCUCCCAGGAGCUGGUGCGCAGUCUCAAGGACCGCCUGGGCUCCAAGGAGCUCAUGCAGCUCUGCGGCCUGCCCCUCUCUACGUAUCCCUCGGUCUCGAAGCUGUUGUGGCUGCUCGAGAACGUGCCCGCCGUCAAGGACGCCUACGAGCGCGGCGUGCUGGCAUUCGGCACGGUCGACACCUGGCUGGCCUACAAGCUCAACGGCGGCACGGCCCGCGACGUCUAUGUGACGGACCCGUCCAACGCCUCGCGCACCAUGUUUAUGAACUUGGAGACGCUGGCCUACGACCACCACCUGCUCGACUGGUUCCGCAUCGACACCAAGAAGCUGCGUCUCGCCAAGAUCGUCCCCUCGUCCGACCCCAGCGCCUACGGCUCGCUCGCCGGCACCGUCCUCAAGGGCACCGCCAUCACGGGCUGCCUGGGCGACCAGUCGGCCGCGCUCGUGGGCCAAAAGGGUUUCACGCCCGGCCUGGCCAAGAAUACGUACGGCACCGGCUGCUUCCUGCUGUACAACGUCGGCCCCAAGCCCGUCAUCUCGUCGAACGGCCUGCUGGCCACGGUGGCCUUUGAUUUCGGCCCUGGCCGCCGCAUGUACGCCCUGGAGGGCAGCAUUGCUGUCGCCGGCUCGUCGGUCAAGUUCUUGGUGGACAACCUGGGCUUCAUCGACUCGUCGUCCAAGCUCAGCGCGCUCGCCGAGACGGUCGAGGACAACGGCGGCUGCACGUUUGUCACGGCCUUCUCGGGCCUGUUCGCGCCCUACUGGAUCGACGACGCUCGCGGCACCAUCUUUGGCAUCACGGCCUACACCCAGCGCGGCCACCUGGCGCGCGCCACGCUCGAGGCCACCUGCUUCCAGACCAAGGCCAUCCUGCAGUCGAUGGAGAAGGACUCGGGCCAGGCGCUGACGGAGCUGGCUGUGGACGGCGGCAUGUGCAACGCCGACCUGAUUAUGCAGACGCAGGCCGACAUCAUUGGCAUCCCCGUCAACCGCCCCGCCAUGCGCGAGACGACGGCUCUGGGUGCGGCCAUUGCGGCCGGUAUUGCGGUGGGCGUGUGGAACGACUUCAAGGACCUGGACGGCGUGAACACCGAGGGCCGCACCAUCUUCAAGCCUGCCAUUACGGCCGAGGCGGCCAGCAGCCGGUUCGCGACGUGGGAGAAGGCCGUGCAGAUGUGCAAGGGCUGGGCCAACUAA